UUGAAAGGUGUUGUUGAAAGUUUGCUUGUUUUGAGAGAAGUUCGUUGGCGUUGCUUGCACUUCUUCAGCUGCUUGUGAUGCUCACGUUGUAGGAAUGUCGUCGAAACGUCGCCACGAAUCUGAUUCAGAUUCGGAUGGAUCUGAAUUUGAGCAGGAGUUGUUGGCGCUAGGUGGCGGCGGUGGUGCUGGAGCAAAUGCACCUACUGCAGGAACUGAUCAAAAUGAAGAGGACGAUGAAGAGGAAGGAGACGAAGAAGAAGAAGAGGACGACGACGAAGAAGAAGAGGACGACGAUGACAACCAUGACGGUGUAAGUGGAGAUAUCGGAGGAGAUGAUGACGAUGAUGACGACGAUGACGGCGUUGAGUCACUUCAAGUCGACGAUGGCUUGGAUGACAAAUUGAUUGGAGACGAAAGUGACAGGAGGCGCUUGGAUUCUAUGACGGAAAUGGAACGUGAAGCCGAAAUGUUCCGUCGAUAUGAAAAGCGUGAAGCCCUUAAAACUCGGAUGGAAAUUGAGAGAAAACUUCGUGCCAUGAAGCAGAAGGGUGCGGGUGGUGCGAGCAGUCAAAAAGAUGGCCGGCGUACACUGCGUAAUCGCUCUGCUAGUAAGUCAGCUGACAAGAAGGCUGCAGCGAUGGAGGAAUUGCGUGCAAGGCGAGCAGCAACUACGAAACGGAAGCGGAUCGAAGCGCCUGCUCCAUCGGCCCGCGUUGAUUUCCGCGAAAUGUUCUCAAGCUCUAGCUCCAGCGAGUCGUCAGACGAUGACCAGUCUGAUACCCGUUAUGACUCGGGCAGUGAUGAGGAGUCAAGACGCCGAGCAGCGCAAGAGGAGUCUGAGAAUCGUCUGCAGGUGUCCAACAGGUCUGUGCUGUCCACUAUUCGCCUAUCUCGCCACAAGUUGGAGCAGUGGGUACACAUGCCCUACUUUGAGAAGACCGUUGUUGGCUGCUAUGUCCGUAUCGGCAUUGGAACGUUUGGUGGCAAGCCGGUGUAUCGUGUUGCCGAGGUUACUGACGUCGUGGAAACCGCAAAGGUCUACUCAAUGGGGGCAACGAAGACGAACAAGGGAAUGCGACUUCGUCACGGCGGUAGCGAGCGUGUUUUCCGUCUUGAGUUUGUCUCGAAUCAAGACUUCACAGAAACCGAGUUUCAGAAGUGGUGCACCGAGAUGAAGUCUGCUGGCAUUCGAUUCCCGACCGUUGGUGACGUGAAAGCUAAGCGGAAGGAUGUCGAGCAAGCACUUCAGUAUGAACUGAAUGACAAGGAUAUUGAGGAGCUGGUUGCAAAUAAGAAUCGCUUUCGUCAGAAUCCCACUAACUUUGCUGUUCGGAAGAACAAGCUGCUGAUCGAUUUGGAAGAGGCGCGUGGCAAGGACGACGCUGACCAUGUAGAAAAUCUCCAGCAUCAAUUGGCUGAACUGGAAGGUAAGGCCGAAGAGCUAGACAAGCAGCGCUCCAAGGGCCUAACAGCCAUCAGCUACAUCAAUGAGAGAAACCGAAAGAGGAAUGUUGUUGAGGCGGAAAAAGCCCUUGCAGAAGAGCUGGCUGAGGAAACUGGCGCACCAGAUCCGUUCACCCGUAUGAGUUCCAAACCUAUGCUUGUCACGAAAACUAAGGAGAAUACUGUUUCGUCGGCUAUUCUAGCUCAGCUCGCUAAGGCACAGAAAGACAAGGAUGGUGACGCAAUCAAGAAGAUAGAAGAGGCUGCUAAAGCAUCCACAGGCGACGACAGACGAGUCAGUGUCGAGGAUCGUCGCGCCAGUAUAGACGCCGCCACUCCGGACAAGAACGCUCCGUCAGAUGACUUGUACGCCGCUCACAAUUUCGACAUCAUGAUUGAUCUUCCUUCCAUGGCCGACUCGACAUCGUUGCCAAAGCCAGUCAUGGCUGUUCCGUCCAAGCCGGUUGCCUCAUCUGCUCCCAAACGCUCUCUGGACUUGGAUGCAUACAAGAAGCUACGAGGUUUAAUUUGAGUCUAGUUGACAGGACCUGCUGUACAUACUCUACUCUGUAUAUAGAUUUUCCCUGAUUUGUGUUUGUGUGUGUGUGUUUGUGUGCCGGUUUGUGUGUGUGUGUGUGUGUGUGUGUGGGUGUGGGUGUGUGCAUUGUACGUACUGUUCAGUGAUAUUGAUCUCAUUAUUGCAUAUUGCUUUAUCUUGUAAGUGUACAUUGCUGAUUUUGUUGUUUGUAUGAUUUAGGUUUUGCAUCUUCUGGUCUCAUUCGCCUUUUUCCCUGACCAGAUUGCAAAGUGGCUUUUUAAAACAAUGUGCUUUGAAACUUUAAUUCUCUAGGCCUCAUAGGCUACGUGUAUGCCGUGGGAUACCAAAAUAACGUUAUCUCCCUUCAUGCAUUCAUUUUUCAUAUUUUA